AUGGAAGUUACACCAAUCCAAUGCAGACCAAACCCACUUUUUUUCUCUUCAAAAAAUCUCCAUUUUCUCAGAAGAAGAACCCUCCCGCCGUUAUAUUAUCGAAAUUACAAGCUCAACCUUUCCCGCCAAAGAAGGCUCAUAAUUUCAGCAUCUUCUUCCUCGGACAUAAAUCCAGGUGGCCCGCCCGAGGGUUUCUCGUGGGUUCCUUUUUCACAGUCAAUUCGCAGUGGUUCUCAGCGGUUCCUUGAGAAAUUGGGCGAGUCUGUGAAGAAAGAAACUGGGUUUGACUUGAAUUCUGCUAAAGAUAGAGUAAAUGAAUUGUCGGGCUGGAUGCAAGACUCAAUUCAGAAAAGCCGGGAUGGGAUGGAACGGGUGAAUUCCGAGUUGGUACCUCAGUUCAUUAAUUGGAAUAAAUGGGAACGUUGGAAGGAUGUAAAAAAUUGGGAACCCAAAAGGGUGGGUGUUUUGGUGCUAUAUGCUUUUGUUAUGAUAUUUUCUUAUCAAGGAAUACGUAUGGCAAUUCGAGCGCCCAUUAUUGAACGUGAAAGAAAAGAAUUGGCUGAGGCAUAUAUGGAGGCAUUGAUUCCUGAGCCUACUCCUACAAAUGUUCGAAAGUUCAAAAAAGGUUUGUGGAGGAAGACUACACCAAAAGGUCUGAAGCUCAAAAAGUUCAUUGAGAGUCCUGAUGGGACACUUGUUCAUGAUAGUUCUUUUGUUGGGGAAGAUGCAUGGGAGGAUGACACAGACCGUUCCCUGGAAAAUGUAAAAGAAAUUAUAGAUCACGCUGUAAAAUUGAAUACAGAGGAUAAGAAGAGUCUGAAAGAAGAAUUUGGACUAUCAGUUGAAAAUCAGGAUACAGUAGGAACAUGGCGUGAUAGGCUUCAAGCAUGGAAAGAAAUUCUUCAUAAGGAGAAAUCAAAUGAACAAUUAGAUUCAUUAAAUGCUAAGUAUGCGGUUGAAUUUGACAUGAAAGAAGUAGAGAAUAGCCUUCGUAAGGAUGUGGUCGAGAAGGUUAAUGAAACACAAGGAACAAGGGCACUGUGGAUCUCAAAAAGAUGGUGGCGCUACCGUCCAAAACUUCCCUAUACUUAUUUUCUUCAGAAACUUGAUUCUUCAGAGGUUGCUGCUGUUGUCUUUACAGAGGAUCUGAAAAGAUUGUACGUAACCAUGAAAGAAGGGUUCCCUCUAGAAUAUACUGUUGAUAUUCCACUCGAUCCUUUCUUGUUUGAGGCAAUAGCGGGUGCUGGUGUUGAAGUAGAUCUUCUUCAGAAGCGACAGAUCCAUUACUUCCUAAAAGUUGUGUUUGCUUUACUGCCGGGAAUAUUAAUCUUAUGGUUUAUAAGAGAAUCUCUUAUGCUUCUUCAUAUUACAACAAACCGCUUUCUUUAUAAGAAAUAUAACCAACUUUUUGAUAUGGCUUAUGCUGAAAAUUUUAUUCUGCCAGUUGGUGAAGUUGGUGAAACAAAAUCAAUGUACAAAGAUGUAGUCUUAGGAGGGGAUGUCUGGGAUCUUCUGGAUGAGUUGAUGAUAUACAUGGGAAACCCCAUGCAGUAUUAUGAAAAGGCUGUGAAGUUUGUUCGAGGUGUGCUUCUCUCUGGACCUCCAGGAACAGGCAAAACCCUCUUUGCUAGGACACUUGCAAAGGAAAGUGGAUUGCCUUUUGUUUUUGCUUCUGGUGCUGAGUUUACGGAUAGCGAGAAAAGUGGUGCUGCAAGAAUCAAUGAGCUGUUCUCAAUUGCAAGGAGAAAUGCUCCUGCUUUUGUAUUUGUGGAUGAGAUAGAUGCUAUUGCUGGAAGGCAUGCGAGGAAGGAUCCACGAAGAAGAGCAACAUUUGAAGCUCUCAUUGCUCAGUUGGAUGGAGAGAAAGAAAGAACUGGUGUUGAUAGAUUCUCACUAAGGCAAGCUGUUAUCUUUAUCUGUGCUACUAAUAGACCAGAUGAACUGGACCUAGAGUUUGUUCGCCCUGGGCGUAUUGAUCGACGUGUGUACAUUGGGUUACCUGAUGCAAACCAAAGACUGCAAAUUUUUGGUGUUCACAGUGCUGGGAAGGAGCUUGCAGAGGACGUUGACUUUGAAAAGCUUGUCUUUCGCACAGUUGGAUAUUCUGGUGCAGAUAUAAGAAACCUAGUCAAUGAAGCUGGAAUUAUGUCUGUGAGAAAAGGGCAUUCUAAGAUCUACCAGCAAGAUAUUGUCGAUGUACUGGACAAGCAGUUGCUUGAGGGUAUGGGUGUGCUUCUAACUGAAGAAGAGCAGCAAAAAUGUGAACAAAGUGUGUCUUUGGAAAAGAAAAGACUUCUGGCUGUACAUGAAGCUGGUCACAUAGUGUUGGCACACUUGUUCCCUCGAUUUGACUGGCAUGCAUUUUCCCAGCUCUUGCCAGGCGGCAAGGAAACUGCAGUGUCUGUUUUUUAUCCUCGAGAAGAUAUGGUUGAUCAAGGUUAUACAACCUUUGGCUACAUGCAAAUGCAAAUGGUGGUUGCUCACGGGGGACACUGUGCUGAGCGUAUUGUGUUUGGUGAUGACAUUACUGAUGGAAGAAGAGAUGACUUAGAAAAAAUUACGAAGAUUGCUCGGGAAAUGGUGAUAAGCCCUAUGAAUCAUAGGUUGGGGCUCACUGCUUUGACAAAGAGAAUCGGUCUAGCUGAUCGACCAGAUAAUCCGGAUGGUGAGAUGAUAAAAUAUAAGUGGGACGAUCCUCACAUCAUUCCAGCUGAUAUGACACUUGAAGUUUCUGAGCUAUUUACCCGAGAAUUGACAAGGUACAUUGAAGAGACAGAAGAACUUGCAAUGAAGGGACUGACGGACAACAGAGAGAUAUUAGAUUUGAUUGCAAAGGAACUUCUAGAAAACUCGAGGAUAACCGGAUUGGAAGUCAAAGAAAGAAUGGAAGGAUUAUCGCCAAUUAUGUUUGAAGAUUUUGCGAAGCCUUACCAAAUUAACUUAGAAGAGGAAGGACUAUUGCCUCACAACGAACGGCUGCGUUAUAAACAUUUGGACAUCUAUCCUGCACCACUUCACAGAUGCUAA